AUGGUCACAUCUACUUACGACCCAUACUUGUUGAUCUCAACAGCAAAAGGAGCUUUCGGCGUGGUCGGGAUACAAACCGACGAUACUCUGAUUUUGGGAUCCGACGAGUUCGCCGCGCUUGAAGAAAAGGAAUUAGCGGAGGCAAAGUUCAGCGCCAAGCCCAAGGAUACACUGUCUCCAGAGUACCCGCUGAUAUUCAAUAGCUGCGUUCUAACACAGAAGGAAGGAGACGCUGCAGUUGAGUUACGCCAGAAGGAGCAGGGCAAGAAACUUAAGCUCAUCGACCACAAAUUCAAGGACUUUAAACACGCAUACAUAGAACAACGUGCUCGCGGAGCUUACAUUGCAACAAUCUGCCAGCCGGAGGCUGCAUUCGACCUAUCCGUUGCCGCCCAACACCAGGACCCCACAGAAGCCGACGUCAACGCGCUGAACAAACGCAUCAUAUGGCAAAUGAAGAACCUAGACAGGGGUAUCAAAUAUAUUACAAUUAACCUAUCAACGGCGAAGCUCUUCGUAUUCGUCGAUGGAUCAUUCGCGAACAACAAAGAUUUUAGCUCCCAGAUUAGAUAUAAGAUCAUCCUCGCAAACGAGUCCACAAGGAGCGAGGAAUUUGAGAUCAUAGGAAACCUAAUCCAUUAG